AUGGUUGGUUGUGAUUCGGAAUUAGACUCUAGGCUCAAUGGUAUGCUGGUAUUACAGUUGCAUUCUCCAGUCUUAAAGCAUGAUGAGUACAUUCAGCUUCCGCCUCGGUCAUCUUAUGAUAGAACAUAG